AUGCAAAUCAGCCAAACAUUGAGUAGGUGUAUUACUUUUCAUAAAGUUGUCUAAUAAUUAUAUGAACAAGGGGAAAUUAAUUUUAAAGAAAAGAAUAAACUUAAAACUGAAUUCAAUACUAAUAAUGAAGACAUAUUAUAUUUGAUAGAGGGUAAUAUAAAUCUACAUUAUAAGACAUUGACAAAAAAGACUUUAAAUAAUAAUUGGUUGACUAUGUUAAAUCUAAACAUCAACUAUUUAAAUUACCCAAUUCUCCUGGAUUGAGAAGAAAGUCUCACCUUUCUCAUUUUUCUGAAUCUAGUCCAACUAUUGGCAGAAGAAGUGGUUUCUCUAAAGAAAGUAAACUUACUGAAGAAGAAUUAAUAUCCUAUAUUAAUAAACUUAGAGAAGCACUAGUAGAAGUUUAUCAAUCAAGAUCAAGUGCCUUUACUUAUUUAGUAUAAGAUCAUCUUAAAUCAUUAACUCAAUUCAUCUCUAAAAUAUCUAAUAAAAGUCCAUAAGCAUCUAUCAUCUUACUCUAAGAAUAAAAUAUUGCUGAAGAAAUAGAACUAUACUAUAAACAAUUAAAAAAUUAGUUUUUGAAUACACAUUCUUUGUUAAUUAACGAUAAUAUUAUGGCUGUUACCUCAAAACUUGUUCAAAAUCUAUUGAAUUGUGAUGAAUUCACAUUCAUUAAUCCUUAAUAUGGAAUUUAUGAAUCAAACAAAAAUUCUUUUAAUAAUAUUGAAUCAAAUGAAUAUUUAUAAGAUUUAAUCUCUGUAACUACAAAUGUUAAUUUAUUAACAGAAAAUCAAACUAAACUCUUUCAAAUGUUCUCCUAGUAUUAAAGAACUUAUACAAUUAGAAUUUAAGAUGAGUGUUUCUUCUAUCAUCAAUAUUAAAUUAAAGAUACCUUACUUAAUCUUACUUUAGAAUAUAAAUGUCUCAAUGAAAUUUAAAUUUUAAGUAAAUUAAUAUCCAAAGCUACUAUUGAAGCUAGAGUUUAAAUAUUUAGUCCAAUCUAAAUAGGCAAUAUGAUACUUGAUGUAGGAGUAGAAUUUGUUAGAUGCAGCAAAUAUUUAUUCAUCAAUUAAAUCAUCAAUUUAUUGCGUACCAAAUAUACUAUUGAAAAAAAUGAUAAUGAUUAAUUAGGAUCUUCCACUUCUUUAUCAAGUACUAAUCUAUCACCAACUAGUAAAUAGACUAAAUGUACUAAAAUACAAUUUAAAGAUAUAUUACCUUUAGAAAUAAUGGUUUUAGGAUUAAAUUUAAAUAAAAAAGAUGAUUUAUAAGUAUAUAAGACUAUUACUAAUCUUUAUACUAAAUAUUUGAAGUUUAUUGAGUUAAGUUACGAUAGAAUUAUUUUUUAUAAAUAUUUCAUUAAAUCUAAAGAUUCAAUAAUGCUAGAAUUUGAUAAAGAGGGUAAAUUGGCUUUUUUAUCAAGACCAAUUCCUCCCUCUUUAAGUAGAGAAUUUUAAUUGGCAUAUUCUCAUAGAGGACAUUAUUAUCAGAUAAUAUAGAAUGAGAGGUUAUUAAGAGUAAUUGAAUAACAUUUAGAUAAUAAAUGGAAUAUUUAGUAGACUGAUUAAUUGUAUGAGAUAUUUAUGAAAGCCAGAAAUAAAAAGUUUAAGGGUUUUGCUAUAAUUUUUUCAGAAGGAUUUCUAUAAACAAGAAGUUUAGAAAUGGAAACGAAGAAAAUAAAAUUAAGAUAGGAAGCCACUUAAUAUUUAUCAAAUUUGGAAUAAAAUAAUCCAGAAAUAAAAGAUACUAUAUUGUCUUUUUAUAUUCCUUAAUAGGUUCAUGUUCCUGGAAUUAUACAUAAAAAGAAAAAGAGUAUGAUUAAUGGAUUUAUUGAUACAAUUUAAAUAAAUAUAAUAGAUGUAUAGAAUGUGGAAUAGGAACCAAUUUAUAUUGAUUAGAUAGAUAGUUUUGAUUUUAAUAUAUUUAAAAUAGAAAAUAAUUCUAUAGAAAAAUAAAGAAUGGUUUAUUAGAUAUUAAAGAGGAAUGAUUUUUUUGAGGAAUUCGAAUUUGAUAAAAACAGAUUAUGUGAAUUUUUAGGUGAAUUGGAAUAUCGAUAUGAUAAACGUAGAAAUCCAUUUCAUAAUUAUAAUCAUGGAGUAAAUGUAAUGCAUAGUUGUCAUGUUAUAAUGAAUAAAAUGAUUUCUUAAGUACAAUAUAAGGAUCUAUUUGAUUAAUUGACAAAACUAUCAUUAAUUUUAAGUGGAUUGUGUCAUGAUGUAGGACAUACAGGUAGAACAAAUAUUUUUGAAAUAAAUAAUUUAUCUUAGAAAGCUAUAAGAUAUCAUGAUAAGAAUGUAUUGGAACAAUAUCAUGCAGCAACAGCAUUGAAAUUAUUAUUGAAAGAGAGAAUGAAUUUUUUAAAGAAUAUAGAUUUUAGAUAAUUUAGAGAGAAAUUUAUACAGAAUAUCAUAUUUACUGAUAAGUAAGAACAUUUUAAUUUACUAAAAUUUUUUGAAGCAAAUAAUGAAAAGGAUACAAAAAUAAUAACUGGAAUGAUCAUUCAUACUUCAGAUUUUAUUGGAGCAUCUGCAAAGUGGCCAAUAUCUAAAUAAUGGUCUUUAAGAGUUAAUCAAGAAUUUUAAUCAUAAUUUGAAGAAGAAGGUAGAUUAGGAUUACCUUAAUAACCAUUUAUGAAAGAUUUACAAAAGGUAAUUAUGAUUAUUAUAGGCUUCAUAGAUAUCUGUUUUGUCUAAAUCAGAAAUAGGGUUUUAUAAAUUCUUUGUUCGUCCAUUAUAUGUAUCGUUAUCUAAAUUUAUGGAUCAUUAAUUAUAAGAUAGAAUUGAUAAUAUUGAUGAAACUAUAAUAGAGUGGGAUUAAUUGGCAUCUUAAGAGAAUCAACAACAAUGA